ACUUUCAUUGACUCGUAAACAGCCGGUAAUGUGUUGCUUAGUCUCGUGAUCCAACAGGUUUGUUCGCCUCCUCAAGUGCAGAUUGUCGUGUCGGGGCAUGGGGGAUUUCUCCCGCUCAGGCAUGUAUUACCUUCCCAGGCGGGAUACGUAGUAUUUUAUCAAGAUUACGUGAGCCAAUCAGAUCAACACUCUGACACGGAGGUAAGUUAUAUCGCGGCGUGUCAGCCUAAUGUGGGAGGAAAGCCCGAAGUGAUGCAGGUCUCAGACGUUUACCACUUCGGUGAAAACCACGAGCACGGACGGCAUGGAAAUGACACGAUUUGCAACGGGUUUGACAGCGCUGUAUACAAUAUUUUGCACAAGUCACAUUACUGCUGGAUCCCCCGUGCGGACCACUGUGGACUGUCAGGCGUCUAAAUAUAUCAAUAACUAUCAGAAGAUUUUCUCCAUUUCUAUUGAAAUAUUCAACGUGACAGUCGUUCAGUUGGAAAAAAAGAAAGACCCCGUAGUUGUUCCCAACGACAAAUACACCAUAAGCAACAUUACCGGACAACUAACUGACAAUGAUGUGUACAUCAGAGGAACGGCUUUCCUAGAGUGUGAACUCGCGAGUACUAUAUAUUGUGUUGUGUAUGGCUACUCAGAUUCUGCUUACACACAUGUACGAUUUAAGCCGGAUACUGAAUUUGAUGUUACCUGGGAAAAUGUCUCUAUUACACGAAGAAGGGUUCUAUUCAAUGACAGCAGAUACAUCACAGUUCUGACAUGCGCAUUAGAGGCUGGAUCCAGAACAACGGAGAUGUGGUGGCAAUCUCGUUCGUCUGACGAGACUUUUUUGAAACUUGAUCCACGUUCAUAUAAUGUCACGAGAAGAGUCGGACCUGGUUGCCAUGUGCACGUGCUCAGUGAACUAAGACAGGAGGCAGGCGAAGGGCAAUCGCAGUUCAAGUGCAUGUUUGGAGCUUUUGAAGUGGGAUCAGUCGCAGUUGGAGAAACCAACCAAGAACCUGACAAUAUACUUAGUUCCCAUCUUUUCCUAUCGACGGGGUUCUUGGUGUACCCACAUUUUGUCAUCCUGCCACCUUUCUGUGACUUUCUACAGAUGAAAAACAUCAUUCCGCAAAAUUUCCGAGAUCCAAAAACAACGAAAAGUAGAAAGCGCAGAGCCUGGAUUUCAUUAAUCACGGGCAUUAUAUUUCUUGUAUGGUGGAUAAUUGUGAUUCAAGGUGCUCACACAUCAGGUUACGUUUGUUUUUUGGUUAUGGAAUCAUUGUUCUUCAUUCUUUAUGCUGUUGUCCGACUGCUGCCUGAAAGCUUCGAGAAAGACGGUGAAAGACUUCUCUACAACUGUAGAGUAGCACUAUCCUGCGGAGCUGUCAUAACUCCGGGUAUCUGUUGGAUGAUGAUCAGAACCCAGAUGCAACUAGAUUUCUCCAUACAGGAAGGUGUCUGGUUGGUGGUGACAGCCAUUUCACUCAUCGCCUUCGUUUCUGUUUCCAACAAGAGAGAAUGGAAGUCAUGGGAUAAGCGCAGUUGAUAGCCUUACAGAUUAUUUAAGGCAUUACAUAUGUACAUUUUUAUCUGAGCAAGUCAUGUAGAUAUAAUCCAUGUCACGAGGCUUAAUAUCGUGUCUCAUUUUCUUUGCAAAAGAUAUUCGAUUAAUACAGACUAACAGUCAAAGCUGUGGCUAAAAUUAAAUGAAUUCCCUUUUACGAAACGUCAUCUUGCCUGGCGUUAUACCACUGUAUGGGAUCGCGUUUUUAUGUAUUAUGUGUUAAUAACUGCUCCUUGCGCAAUGGAAA